AUCUCUUCCAAUUUAUUCCCUAUAUGCCUACAACAAGAAGCAAGUCGAACACUCAAACCAAGGAAAGUGACCACGCCGGAGAUAAACGUGAACACAAAGAUACGGAGGGUCAAGAUGAUAAGCCUGAAGCUAAAAGUGCCAAGGUAGACUCACAUCAAAAAGCCGGACGUCGCCGUAGCAGUGUCAGCAAGAAAGCAACCGAGAAAGAGCAACCAGAGACCGAAAAACAGACGAGGUCACUCGAGAAGGGCCAUAUUUACUUCUUCUAUCGCCCCAAGGCGGAUAGUGGUGACGAUGUUGAGUCGGAAGAUGAUGUUCAAAAGUUAUAUAUGGUGUUGAAGCCACAUUGGUCAACCGACAAGCGCACACCAACAUUGAUCAUACUCGGACGUAAAAAGUUACCUGACGUAGACGACCAUGCCCGCUAUUGGGGCUUUGUUGCAGCAGCAGACGAUGAUAUCAGCAAACUAACAGACGCCUUCAAGGAGAGCAGCUACGAGACCAAAACUCGAGGAACGCGCAAGGUGCAUGCAGCUCGCCCCGCAGCGGAAGGUGUCUACAUGAUCACUACUCAUAAUGGGCAUAGUCAUCUUGCUUAUAUCACCACAGCCCCACGAGAGCCUGGAACAGUGCAAGAGGCGUUCAACAUCGACAAGGAAUCAAGCCUAAUCAUUAGUAUCAAGAAUCCGAAAACAUCCAACCCUGCUGGAGCAGGACUACGAGGAAGACAAAAAGCAACCUAUCCAGAUGAAUUGCAGGAGUGCUUUCACGAUCGAAGAUUCAUAGCCAUGGAAAAUACAAAGUUCCUCAAUUACACAAACAGUGAGUUACUGCUCAUCGGAGCUACGGAUAAUUUAAUCCAAGAGCUAGGAGAAGUUGCCGAAGAAUUACACGAUUUGGAAGAGGAGGAUGAGAUGAAGGUGUUGGAUGUUGGAGACGUAAAGUACAUCUUUGAUGAAUUAAAAUUGGAUAAAGACAAGGCUCCCGUUGAACCACUUCAUGGCGAAUGGAAGUAAAAAUGAAAUAAAAUUGAGUGCCAUAUUGACUGACUGCAUGUAAAAAAUUGCCCAUAUUUAUUUAUUU